AUGGCGACCGCCAAGAUCGCAACAGUGAGUCGUAGCAUGCCUUGCGGGCGCUCACAAGAUGUCCCACAUCUGCCAACACCCCACUCACCUGGCUGACCUCUAGCCACUCGUCUUGCUUGCGCUCUGCCUCGCAGCUACUGAUCCGGACCAUCGCCAAGCCGAUCGCUACGCAGCUCAAAUCGCAAGCAGCUCAGCACGACACCUUCAAAAAGAUAUGCGUCAAUUUAGCGCAGGGCAUGCAUCGUAGCGAGAUGGCUCUGCGCUCCAAUCUGAUGGGAGGCACAGCGGCGCAUACCAAAGUCAGACCUCUGAAUGAGAAAAAGGCAAUCGAGAAUGGCGCAACUGCUAUUUCGGAGGGCUUCCUCUUCGCGAUCGCUGCGGCGCUCAUCAUUGGAGAGAGCUAUAGGAGUAGCAGCAGCAACAGGAAACAGAGGGAUAGGACAGAAACGGCGGUGGAAGAGAUUAGGGAUGCUAUCGAGAUGCUGGGCAGCAGAUUGGGAGUGGAGAAGGAGAGCCUGUGGAGGAAUGGACGGCCGCUCGAGGACGUUGAAGUUGAUGCUGCUGAAGAGGCGCCAUCCACUUCAUCCUCGUUAGUACAGCCACAAAUUGACGAAGCUACUCCCAACGCAAGCACCACCACAGGAUCAGUCAAAGCACCCGCCACACUCUUCGCCAGCGCCGCACACAUUUCUGAAUUAGAGUCCGACAGGGAACGCUUGCAGCACGCAGUCGCAGUCUUGCUCCGCUUAGCGCUCAAGUCAGGCUGGAUCGAGGGUCCAGAGGCACUGCGUCUCGACCGGAUCUUGCAGAAGGGGAAUAGCGCCCACGUGGCCGGUUCCGCGCAGCGCACCUCAAAGGAUGCCACUUCCGAGGAUCCCACUCCUUCAAGCCAACGUCCUUCCCUAGCCUCGCUCGACCUGCACUCUUCAACAUCUGCUGCUGCUACAUCUGCAUCAGGCGCUCAUCUCGCUGCUCCUGAGGAGACGUCGCGAUCUGACAUUAUCUCUGAAGUAGCCAAGGCUCGCGCGGCAGAGAUAGCGAGGGAGGUGAGAUAUGGAGCAUCCGAUGGCAACAGCUCUUCGCUCGCCGAGUUGCUAGAGAAAGCAGGGCUCAGUGAGACCACCGCUUCCGAGACAAAACAAUGA